ACACUCCCAGGGUGGCGUCUGGGGCCGGACGUGCAGGAUAUAAGCCUAGAUCUCCAGUCCCACUGCCCAGGACAGGAGAGGACCGGCAGAGCACCCGGCGUGUCCAGGCUCUGCCACCUGCCACCUGCCACAACUACACCUGGGAAGAUGGCCGUGCGGUGGACCGCCACCCUUCUCUGUGGCUUGCUGGCUGCCACCUUGGCUCAAGCCACCUUCAGCGCCCCUGCAGUCCUCAACCUGGGCCCAGACGUCAUCAAAGAAAGGCUGACUCAGAAGCUGAAGUAUCACGAUGCCACCGCCAUACUCCAGCAGCUGCCGCUGCUCAGCGCCAUGCGGGAGGAGUCCUCCCGGGGCCUGCUGAGCGGCCUCAAGGACACCAUCAUGAAGCAUGUCAUCUGGCUGAAGGUUACUUCCGCUGCCAUCACCCAGCUGCAGAUCCAACCCUCAGACCAGGACCAGGAGCUAGUAAUCAAGAUCCCCCUGGACAUGGUAGCUGGAUUCAACACGCCCCUGGUCAAGACCAUUGUGGAGAUGCACAUGCAGUCUGAGGUGGAAGCCCGCAUCAGAGUGGACAGCGAGCAGGUGGGCCCCUCGGCCCUCGUCCUCAGCGACUGCUUCAACAGACAGGGCACCCUGCGCAUCAGCCUGCUCCGCAAGAUCUCCUUCUGGGUCAGCCCCUUAGUGGAUAAAGUCACCAGCCUCCUGAUGCCAACACUGCCCAAACUGGUGAAGACCCAGCUGUGUCCUGUGAUCCAGGCAGCCUUCAAGGACAUGUUCCAAGACUUCCUGAAGCUGGUGAGGGUGCCCAUCCCCCUGAGCCCGGGAGGCCUGCUGUUUGACCUUCUGUCUUCCUACAUCGAGGGCGAUGUCAUCCAGCUCAACCUGCAGGCCAAACUGCUGGACUCCCAGAGCAAGGUGACCAACUGGCUCAACGACUCUUCGGUGUCCCUGGCGAUGCCCCCCCUGGACGGCGCCCCGUUCAGCUUCGUCAUGAGGCAGGAUGUCCUGAAUGCGGUGGUGGCUGUUCUGCUCCCUCCGGAUAAACUCACGGUCCUGUUGGACUACGUGCUCCCUGACCUGGCCAAGGAGCUGAAGUCGAGCAUCAAGGAGAUCAGUGAACAGGCCGCAGAGAAGCUGGACGGCACCCAGCUGGUGAAGUUCCAGACUCGGAAGACCCCCCAGCUGCUGCUGAGCCAGGGCGGCGCCCAGGCAGCCCAGCUGAUCGUGUUGGACCUGUUUCCCACCAAUACAGCCCUACGGCCGCUCUUCACCCUGGGCAUCGAAGCGAAAUCAGAAGCUCAGUUUUACACUGAAGGUGACCAACUUGUGCUCAGCUUUAAUGACAUCAGCGCCGAGCGGAUCAAACUGAUGAACUCGGACAUUAAACUAUUCAACCCUGAGCUUCUCAAAGACAUCAUCACCAAGAUCCUCAACUCUGCGCUGCUGAUAACCGAGAACGGCAAACUAAGAACUGGGAUCCCCAUGUUGAUAGUGAAGGCCUUGGGAUACGAGUCAGUGACGCCGUGUGUGACCAAGGAUGCCCUGGUGCUCGCCCCAGCCACCUCCUGGGACCUCCCUGUCUCCCAGUGAAGACAUGGAUGGCGGCCAUCCAGCACAGGCUGGUCCCCAGCUGGGAGUGUCCCUCUCCAUGAUCAAUAAACACUUCUCUGUGA